CUGUAUCUAUAUUUAUCAUUAAUAUUUCAGGGUCUCUGUUUUUCCAUCUCACACACGGAAAGCGAUACCUGACGAUAUAACGAAUCGUUGGGGUUUGUCGAAAAGCGAGGAAAAUAACUCGAACUUGGGGUUGAUCCGCUUCUCAACUCACCCCAGAUUUGCUUUGAUCCGAGAGGCUGUUUCGUUAAUACAAUAAAGGAGAUCAUCUAAAUCUCAGGAUGAAGGCUCUAAUUCUAGUUGGAGGGUUUGGUACUCGAUUGAGGCCAUUGACACUCAGUUACCCAAAGCCUCUUGUUGACUUUGCUAACAAGCCCAUGAUCUUGCAUCAGAUAGAGGCUCUCGAGGCUAUUGGAGUGACUGAAGUAGUCCUAGCUAUAAGUUAUCAGCCAGAGGGUAUGCUGAACUUCUUGAAAGAAUUCGAGAAGAAACUUGGGAUCAAGAUUACAUGCUCCCAAGAGACUGAGCCACUUGGAACUGCAGGUCCCCUUGCUCUGGCUAGGGAUUAUCUGGUAGAUGGUUCGGGAGAGCCUUUUUUCGUUCUCAACAGUGAUGUUAUCAGUGAAUACCCACUCAAACAGAUGAUUGAAUUCCAUAAAUCCCAUGGAGGUGAGGCUUCCAUAAUGGUGACCAAGGUGGACGAGCCUUCAAAAUAUGGUGUUGUUGUUUUGGAAGAAUCAACUGGGCAAGUAGAGAGGUUUGUUGAGAAGCCAAAAUUAUUUGUGGGUAACAAGAUCAAUGCUGGCAUUUACUUGCUCGAUCCUUCUGUUCUUGAUCGUAUUGAAUUACGCCCCACAUCAAUUGAGAAAGAGGUGUUCCCAAAAAUCGCAAAAGAAAAGAAGCUUUAUGCAAUGGUCCUUCCCGGGUUUUGGAUGGAUAUUGGACAACCAAGGGAUUACAUCACUGGCCUGAGACUAUACUUGGACUCCUUGAAGAAGAAAUCUUCUCCUAAGUUGGCCUUUGGACCUCAUAUUAUUGGCAAUGUUCUGGUAGAUGAGAGUGCCACAAUUGGGGAGGGAUGCUUGAUUGGACCUGAUGUCGCAAUCGGGCCCGGGUGUGUUGUUGAAUCGGGUGUUAGACUGUCUCGAUGCACGGUAAUGCGUGGGGUCCGCAUCAAGAAACACGCGUGCGUUUCGAGUAGCAUCAUCGGCUGGCACUCAACUGUUGGGCAGUGGGCUCGAGUGGAAAACAUGACAAUCCUUGGAGAAGAUGUUCAUGUUGGUGAUGAAAUUUACACCAACGGAGGCGUGGUUUUGCCUCACAAAGAAAUAAAAUCUAGCAUUUUGAAGCCAGAGAUUGUAAUGUGAAAAGUUUGUCUUAGUAAUUUAAGAUAUUCUGUAUUUGGGAUGGUUUGCUCUUUUUUCCAAUUUUCCUCAACAAUUGUAAGGUAUGAAAUUGCAAGGAACUCUUGAGCCAUAAGACUGCAGGCAGUUAUGUAUAUACAGUCACUGGCGUGGAUCGUUUAACCUUUUUUAGAUGUGACUUGUGAGAAUAAAUCACGAGUUGAUUUAUUUUGGAA